AUGGAUCUUGAAUUUGCAGUUGGGGAUUGGGUGUUCUUGAAGCUAUCUCCUUGGAAGGGUGUGAUGAGGUUCGAGAAACGUGGGAAGUUGAGCCCCCAUUAUACUGGACCUUAUGAGAUCACAAAAUGCAUUGGACCCAUUGCCUACCUACUUGCCUUACCUCCAGAACUAUCUUGGAUCCAUGACGUAUUCCACGUAUCCAUGCUACGGAAGUACAUGCCCCAUCCUUCCUAUAUUAUGGAACAUCAACUCGUGGAGUUGAGAGAAGACUUGAUGAAUGAGGAGCAACCAAUGAAAAUUCUAGAUAGGAAGGAACAUGUGUUGCGCACUAGAACUAUUCCAGUAGUGAAGGUAUUGUGGAGGAAUCAAACCGUUGAAGAAGCUACGUGGGAACCCAAGGCGCAUAUGCGGACCAAAUACCCGUAUCUCUUCAAAUGA